GUUAACAUACUGCAGUGCAAAGGGUUUCUUUGAGGUCACUCAUGAUAUCUCUAACCUAACUUGUGCUGACUUCCUUCGUGCUCCUGGAGUUCAGACACCGGUUAUUGUUCGUUUCUCUACUGUUAUCCAUGAGCGUGGAAGCCCUGAAACCCUUAGGGAUCCUCGUGGUUUUGCUGUGAAGUUCUACACCAGAGAGGGUAAUUUUGAUCUCGUCGGAAACAAUUUCCCUGUCUUCUUCAUCCGUGAUGGAAUUAAAUUCCCGGACAUGGUCCAUGCUCUUAAGCCCAACCCAAAGUCUCACAUCCAGGAAUUUUGGAGAAUCUUGGACUUCUUCUCACACCAUCCGGAGAGCUUGCACAUGUUCACCUUCCUAUUUGAUGACAUUGGUGUCCCACAAGAUUACAGGCACAUGGAUGGCUCCGGUGUUAACACCUACACUCUGAUCGACAAGGCUGGAAAGGCUCACUAUGUGAAAUUCCAUUGGAAACCCACCUGUGGUGUCAAGUCUCUGUUGGAGGACGAGGCAGUUAGAGUCGGAGGAGCGAAUCACAGUCAUGCCACUCAGGAUCUCUACGACUCAAUAGCCGCUGGAAACUACCCAGAGUGGAAGCUUUUUAUUCAGACAAUCGACCCCGAUCAUGAAGACAGAUUCGACUUCGACCCACUUGAUGUAACAAAGACCUGGCCUGAGGACAUCUUGCCCCUGCAGCCAGUUGGUCGCAUGGUUCUCAACAAGAACAUUGAUAACUUCUUUGCAGAGAAUGAACAACUUGCAUUUUGCCCUGGCAUUGUGGUCCCUGGUGUCUACUAUUCAGAUGAUAAGUUGCUCCAGACUCGUAUCUUCUCCUACUCUGAUACUCAGAGACACCGUCUCGGACCAAAUUAUCUUCAGCUCCCUGCUAAUGCCCCCAAGUGUGCUCACCACAACAAUCACCACGAGGGUUUCAUGAAUUUCAUGCACAGGGAAGAGGAGGUCAACUACUUCCCAUCAAGAUACGACCCUGUCCGUCACGCUGAGAGGUACCCAAUUCCUUCUGCCAUCUGCACUGGAAGGCGUGAAAGGACCGUUAUUGAUAAGGAGAACAACUUUAAGCAACCUGGAGAGAGAUACCGAUCCUUCUCCCCUGACAGGCAGGAGAGAUUCAUCAAACGAUGGGUUAAUGCCUUGUCUGACCCACGUGUCACCCACGAGAUUCGCAGCAUUUGGAUCUCCUACUGGUCUCAGGUCAGUUUUGAGUUUCCCAACAAUGUUGAAGUUUUUUUCCUUUAGCGUUGCAAAUCGUAAAUAUCAUUACACUCGUAUUAUUUAAAAAAAAAAAAGGAAAGAAAAGAAAAAAAGAAAAAGAGAGAGAACAAGAACCGCAUCUUAUGGCAUGUAUGCC